AUGCCUCCCGUCACGCAACCAGGACGCGACAAGUACGACAUUGUCUGGAUCGGUGGUGGAAGUGGUGGUGUAGCAGGCUCGCGCCGUGCAGCAUCGUAUGGUGCUAAGGUUGCCCUUAUCGAGGCAACGGAGAAGUUGGGCGGUACAUGUGUCAAUGUCGGGUGUGUCCCCAAGAAGAUUAUGUGGCAUGCAGCGGAUAUCGCUGAGAAGACCCGUCACGCUGCCAACUACAAAUUCAAAGGCACGGGCGUCGGCUCGCCCGAGUUUGACUGGGCAUCCUUCAAGCCACAGCGGGACGCAUACAUCCGCCGCCUGAACGGCAUCUACGACAACAAUGUCGCCAAGGAGGGCGUCGAGCUACACCAAGGCAACGCAGUCGUCACGUCUGCCACCACCGUCCAAGUCAAGCGGCCCGACGGCUCCUCCUACACGCUCACCACCGACAAGAUCGUCGUCGCGACGGGCGGCCGGCCGACGAUCCCCUCGGACGGCCAGAUCCCCGGCGCGAGCCUGGGCAUCAACUCGGACGGGUUCUUCGACCUCGCGGAGCAGCCGAAGCGCGUCGCGGUCGUGGGCGCGGGCUACAUCGCCGUCGAGCUCGCAGGCGUGCUCCACACGCUCGGGAGCGAGGUGCACAUGUUCAUCCGCGGCGAGACCGUCCUGCGCACGUUCGACCCGUCCCUGCAGGAGGUGCUCACGAAGUGGAUGGAGCAUACCGGCAUCAACUUCCACAAGGGCUCCAACAUCCAGAAGGUGGAGGGCGUGAAGGGGCAGGCGCUCACCCUGCACACGGCCGAGGGCGAGAAGGUCGAGGUGGACUGCUUGCUCUGGGCGAUCGGCCGCCAUGCGAACACGGAGGGCUUGGGCCUCGAGAAGCUAGGCGUGGAGCUCGACAAGAAGGGCAAUGUUGUCGUGAACGAGUACCAGGAGACCAAGAUUCCCGGCGUCUAUGCGUUGGGCGAUGUUAGUGGCAAGGCCCUCUUGACGCCUGUAGCCGUUGCGGCAGGCCGGCGGCUCAGCAACAGGCUGUAUGGCGGAGAGCAGUACAAGACCGAUCACCUCGACUAUACUAACAUCCCCACUGUCGUCUUCUCCCACCCCACCAUCGGCACUGUUGGUCUGACUGAGCCCGAAGCCCGCGAAAAGUAUGGCCCCGAGAACAUCAAGAUCUACAAGUCGAACUUCCGCGCUCUCUACUUCUCUAUGAUCGACGAAGACCACAAGGAGCCGUCCAUGUACAAGCUCAUCGUAACGGGCCCUGAGGAAAAGGUCGUUGGCAUCCACAUCAUCGGCUUGGGCAGCGACGAGGUCAUGCAGGGCUUCGGUGUCGCUGUCAAGAUGGGUGCGACAAAGAAGGACCUCGAUGAUACCGUAGCGAUCCACCCGACCUCCGCUGAGGAGUUGGUGACCCUCCGAUGA